UCUGUCCAUGAACUCUUAUGCCCAGGAUACUGUAAAGAAAGACUUGAAAAUGCUAACAGAAACAAACUCAGAUUGAAGGAAAGAUUCUAAUACAUCUCCAGAAUGUAUUUGCUGCAACGAUUUUGAUUAGUUCCAGGUGACAAUGUAAUAUACAUUGAAGCCUGCGUAGUUGACAGACCUGCCGCAGCAUUUCAAGUGGUAGCUGGCAAACCAGUUGUGGGCAAGCUCUCAGCCCAGGAUCAAAUCUUCAUUUCCCGCUGUGUCUUCAACUUCAGCACUACUUCAAAUUGGCGGCUCUGCAACCCUUUCACCAUUAAGUUGGUAUGACACAGAAUGGACGAGGAGGAAAGAAGAUACCGAGAACACAUGCAACAGUUUGCCCUUGAACAGGCCGCAAACCGAUGUAGCCUAGUCUUAAGCCGCCAAAAAUAUGAAGCUAUAGUUAAACAUCUUUUGCAUCCUCGAGUUAAGGUUGACUCCCAGUUCAAGCACUGGGUCAAACAAAAGAAGUUUAGUCUUGCUUAUGUGACAAAUGACAGCGAUCCUAUUUUAACCAUUCCCAAUCAUGAAUCUCGGAAUCUUGUUGAUGCAAAGACAAGGCUACAGGUUGUACAUGCAGAGCAAAUUUUUGACAUAGUUUAUGAUAUUCAUACAAAGGAACUCAAUCAUGCAGGCUACAAAAAAGUCCUAGAGUAUGUUCAGCGAUACUACUAUGGUAUUACUAGAGGCUUCUUGCAAGAAUUUACGCGAACCUGUCCAUGGUGUGCACAGUUGAGGCCAACUACAAUCAUUUCUACAAAACAGUUUCACAGUAGCAAAGAGGAUGUGAUGGCAGUUGUGAAAGUGAUCUCCAAACAUGAAAAUUCUGAGAGGGAUGAUGAAGAAGAAGUUAUAACUCAUCAUAUUGAUAGUGAGUCUGACACAUAUAGAAAAGAGACUGGCAUUACAAUUGUAGAAGAAGAAAUGUUAUCGAAUGAUAACACAACCCUGUUGCAUAAAGUGCCCCGACCUUUUCAUCACAUAAAUAAUGACAUUGAUGAAAAACAUGUAAAUGCUUCCCCUCAGUAUUAUGAAAACUAUAGAAUGCCUCAACAUGACUCUGAUGAUGUAGAUGUGGCCUUUGUAAAUUACUUAGUUAAAGAACUUAAAAGUAUUAAAAAUCCUAAUGUUAAAAAAAAAUUAAAGAAGAAAAUAAUAGACACUGUUCUAGAAAUUCAAGUGGAAGAAGAUUUAUAAUGAAAAACACAUUUGGAAAGUAAAAGUAUUCAGAGUA